CAACUGGAUGAUUUAACCGGAAGCCCUAAGGCGGGGCGUUGGGCCUUAGCUGACAUGGCAGCGGCUGCAGCUGUAAAUCGAGGGAUCCGGGCCAAGCUGGGCCUGCGUGAGAUUCGCGUACAUUUAUGCCAGCGCUCGCCAGGCAGCCAAGGCGUCAGGGACUUCAUCGAGAAACGCUAUGUGGAGCUGAAGAAGGCGAACCCCGACCUGCCCAUCCUCAUCCGCGAGUGCUCAGAUGUGCAGCCCAAGCUUUGGGCCCGCUACGCAUUUGGCCAAGAGAAGAAUGUCUCCUUGAACAACUUCAGUGUUGAUCAGGUAACCAGAGCCCUGGAGAAUGUGAUAAGUGGCAAGCCUGAAGCCUCCAGUGAGGAUUAAGAGCACCAGACCCACAGCCUGGGCUCUACUGAACUGAGUACGAUGUGGGAAAACAUAUUCUUCUGUUCUUUAUAAAGCUUGUGCUGAAAAAUGCCA